CGGAAACUUCGAGUAUGAUACUCGCCAGUCGGAGCUGGAGCGCUUGUUUAGCAAGUACGGAAGAGUGGAGCGAGUGGACAUGAAAUCUGGAACCUCCUACAAAGGAAUAUGAGUUUCUUUUCCUGCCUUUUGCCAUAACUCUGCCCUUUCAUCACUGCAUCUGUCAUCAAUGUCACUGCCUGCCAUAACUCUGCCCUUUCAUCACUCUACAUCUGUCAUCAAUGUCACUGCCUGCCAUAUCUCUGCUCUUUCAUCACUCUACAUCUGUCAUCAAUGUCACUGCCUGCCAUAACUCUGCCCUUUCAUCACUGCCUGAGAAAAUUAUCAUGUUGCGCGCUGAUUCUAGGGAUACCUUGGAAUUUGUCAUGUAUACCAUCAUCACUGAUCAGAUGGGGAUCUGUUUGAGACCAUCAUUCCAUGCCUUGUUUCAUCAUGCCUUCCAUAUUUGAACUUCUCUGAGAAUGUUCAAGCGUACCUAGCAAUCAUUCAGAACAAAACUUGGAUUUUUUAGCUUUCAUACGCUCUACCAUCUUGAUUUUCUACACCAUGGAACAUCUCUACAUCUUAUGUACACCAGCCUUCACAUAUAUGCAGGAUAUGCUUUCGUCUAUUUUGAGGAUGAACGUGAUGGUGAAGAUGCCAUUCGUGGCCUUGACAAUACCCCUUUUGGAUACGAGAGGCGUAGGUUAUCCGUUGAAUGGGCCAAGGGUGAACGUGGAAGGCCUCGUGAUGGCAGGGCAGCCGUAAAUCAGAGGCCUACUAAGACACUGUUUGUCAUCAACUUUGAUCCCGUUCGCACAAGGGAACGCGACAUUGAGAGGCAUUUUGAGCCUUAUGGGAAAGUCACGAAUGUACGUAUAAGACGCAAUUUUGCAUUUGUUCAGUUUGCAACACAGGAAGAUGCUACCAAGGCCCUCGAAGGUACACAGAGGAGCAAAUUGCAGGACAGGGUUGUGUCUGUAGAGUAUGCAUUAAGGGAUGAUGACGAAAGAGAUGAUAAGUAUGGAGGAGGUAGCCCAGGAAGAGGGGCUGGCUAUGGGAGGUCUCCUAGCCCUGUGUAUAGGAGGCGUCCUAGUCCUGAUUACGGCCGUCCACGCAGUCCAGUAUACGACAGGUACAAGGAUCCUGGCUAUGAAAGACGUAGGAGUCCAGACUACGGUAGGCCCAGGAGCCCUGGUUAUGACCGAUACCGGAGCCGAUCGCCUGUUCAAAGAGGGAGAGCCUGAACACUACGGAUGGAGAAUGAAAAGCAGCAUCUUUAUAGGAUGUUCCGUAAUGGUGGUUUUCAGUACUAGAGUGUAGAAUAGUACUUGGGUUUGUCUGUUGUCUGCUCUGAGGAGCAAAAACAAAAACCUCGCAUGUGCGAAAGUUGACCUGUGUUCAUGACUUUGAUCCCGUUUGUGGAAUGUUUUGUCUCGUCUUUUGUUAUUCAAGAAAUUGAAGUUUAGAUA